AUGUCCCCGAAACCCGUGUUUGGCCCGGGCCUUGAAGUGGACUACACCAACAUAGUCCAAACCGUGGAAACACAGAUUGAAACUCUGACAUACAAGGCAUGGCGACGCCAUGAAGUGAUUGAGAAACUCGAAAGCCUGUGUCGGGAGCUGGCAUUCCAAGCCACCUGCGAUGAACGCAAGCCUCGCAGCCAUCUUCUUGGGUACGCCCAAUUCCAACGUUUUUCUAUGACGCUUAGACUUUAUUUACCCGAGGCAAUCCUAGUCCUCACGAGUGACUGGACCAGUUACCAGAUAAGUAGCCGGGCCUUCGACUGGGUGCGAGAAGAUGAGAUGGAAUAUACGGCAGCUUGUGUCCUGGAGGAGGCACUUCUUGCCGCACAAUCUACUGACUGGUAUCUUUGA